GAUCCACAACUGAAAAUGGUGAGUUUGAAGGGAUGCGGCAUUGUGGCAUUGCCGGUGGUCUGUCUAACCUUGACGACCCUUGUCCUCCAUGCAGAUGCUGCCCGCACCGGCGCCGCUGCUGCUGCCAGUGCCCCUGCCGGCGGCAACAUCUACUGCGCCACCGCAUUUGACAAGAUCCGCUGCGAGAAAGUGACCAAAACCGCCACGAAUUGGACCCAGGCGAUGACGAUGGUUUUAAGCGACGCGGUGAAACACAAUGAAAAUACCAUUCGUCAGAGUAAAGAGGAGGCUUUGGGAGACACCGGUUGCUCCGAGACCUACACUAACAUCCACGCCAGAUUGAAGGAGUGCUUGGAUUUGGUCGGCAAAGCGGACAGAAAUGAUGAAAUAAACUUCAAACUAGCCGCGGCAGUAACGAGCCUUGAAGAUUGUAAAAAUGCACUUCAAGAUCUGAGAGAUGACGAGACUCCAUUUUAUAUACUCAAUCGUCAUUUCAAUCACGCCCUCAAAAUUUGUUUGGCUGUUGAUAGAUCCAGGAAAGUCGACAUUGCCCUCAGUGAAAUAUAAUCCAAUGUUUCGUAUCCUUGAUUGCCUCGCCUCAUUUGUCUCCCUAGCUACGUA